AUGUGGCAUUGGAUACCAUCACCGCGAAACCGCCUCUGUAUCGCAAGAGAUGAGGUUGAAAUAGGGGUGUGCCAAAGAAAAAAAAAAAUUUUGUCUUGGAGGAGGGGAACGAGACAUGCCCUGUCUUUGGAAGCAAAUGCCCUCCGCCACUCCCCCCCCCCACGCAUCCUCCUCCUCGACGCCUACGACUCCUUCACCUCCAACCUCGCCUCCCUCCUGCGCACCACAACCUCCGCAACAGUCCACACCCUCCACAUCGACGCCCUCCCGCUCCCCACGCUCCUGCAGCACCUCCCCUCAUUCGACGCCCUCGUCAUCGGCCCCGGCCCGGGCCACCCCGCAAACCCCACCGACAUCGGCCUCGCCGCCGACAUCUGGCACCUCAGCGAGCAGCACCUCCUCCCCGUCCUCGGCGUCUGCCUCGGCCACCAGUCCCUCUGCCUCGCCUCCGGCGCCACCGUCCACCCCCUCCCCACCGUCAAGCACGGCCUCGUCUCACCACUCACCCACAGCGGCACCGACCUCUUCCGCGGCAUAGGCGCAAGCACCGUGCGCGCCGUGCGCUACCACAGUCUCCACGCCGUGCUGCCGCCGGACGACAGUAGUAGCACUCCCCAGCUCGAGGCCCUCGCAUGGGCGCACGACGCCGAGAACGGGCGCGUGCUGAUGGCGGUGCGGCACACAGCCAAGCCGUUCUGGGGCGUCCAGUACCACCCAGAGAGUAUCUGCACGGCGGGCGGCGGCGGCGCAGAGGUGGUUGCAAACUGGUGGCGCCUGGCGUGUGAGUGGAACCGCAGCCGGGGGAGGAGCAGUAUGAGGGCCGCGGGGGGGCUGCCGGAGGGGUGGGGCGGGAGCGAUGUGGAGAGGGGGCUGGUGGAGCGGCAGGCGGCGUGGGAGCGGCGCAGCGGCGUGCGGCCGCAGGUCGUGGAGAAGGGCGAGAAGGUGGGCCGGAGCGUGACAACAAAGGUUGUCGCCGCGCGGGGCCUCCAGGCGACGCGGGUCGCGGAAAUACUCGGCGUGCAGAGCGCGGACGAGUUUGUCAUGCUGGACUCGGCAGCGGCGCCGGGCAGAUGGUGCAUUUUCGCCGCUCUGAUACCGGGCGUCACACGCGUGAUCACCUACAACGUCGGCGACGCCUUUGCCGCGCUGUCGAGGGUCGGCGGCGCCACCACCAGCAAGACCAGCAGCAGCGACGACCAGACACAGGUGCCGCUGGCCGAGUACGAGGGCUCCAUCUGGCGCUUCCUGGCCAAAUACAUGCACUCCCGGACCGCCACGGGCGGGUGCGCAAAGUCGCCCUUCUGGGGCGGGCUCGUGGGCUACUUCAACUACGAGAUCGGCGUCGCAUCCCUCGACAUCCCCGUCCUCCGCGACGGCAACAGCGCGCGGCCCAAAGUCCCCGACGUCAGCCUCGCAUUCGCGCAGCGCAGCAUCGUCAUCGACGGCGACACGGGGCGCGCCUACAUCCAGACGCUCCUCCCCUGCGACGACGGCUGGCUCACCGCGACCGCGCAGCGCCUCCAGCUCGCCGCCGACAUGUCCCAAACCCCCUCCGCCACCCCACACACGCAGUCCCCGGUGCCCACGCCCACGCAGCAAUUCCCCGAGAUCCUCCGCCCCUCCCAGCCCUCCUACCUCUCCGCCAUCGUCACGGCCCAGUCCCACCUCGCCUCCGGCAACUCCUACGAACUCUGCCUCACCACCACCACCAAGAUCCUUCACCCCCGCCCCGCCCCGCACCCCUGGACACUCUACACCACCCUGCGCGCGCGCAACCCCGCCCCCUACGCCGCCUACCUGCGCCUCUCGGGCACAACCCUCCUCUCCUCCUCCCCCGAGCGCUUCCUCUCCUGGACCCGCACAAACACCUGCCAGCUCCGCCCCAUAAAAGGCACCGUCCGCAAAUCACCCACCAUGACGCUCUCCGCCGCCGAGCGGAUCCUGCGCACCCCGAAAGAGACCGCAGAGAACCUCAUGAUCGUCGACCUGAUCCGCCACGACCUGCACCGCCUCGCCGGCGACAGCGUGGCCGUGCGCAAGCUCAUGGUCGUCGAGGAGUACGCACACGUGUUCCAGCUGGUCUCCGUGAUUGAGGGCGCUCUCCCUUCCGCGUCUGGUAUGACCGGCUUCGAUGUUCUCGCCGCGUCGCUGCCGCCGGGGAGUAUGACUGGCGCGCCGAAGCGGCGGAGCGUGCAGCUGCUGCGGGGGCUUGAGGGCCGCGAGAGGGGGCUGUAUAGUGGUGUCGUGGGGUACUGGAGCGUGUGUGGCGCGGGGGACUGGAGCGUUGUGAUUCGCAGUGCGGUGCGGGUGGAUGCGGAGGUGGAGGAGGAGGAGGAGUGUGAUGUGUGGAGGAUUGGCGCGGGGGGCGCGAUCACGGCGUUGAGUGUGCCCGGGGAGGAGUGGGAGGAGAUGGUGGUCAAGGCGGAGAGUGCGUUGGGGGCUUUUGUGGGGUAG